GGGGAAACCUGGAGACCCAGGUAACAUUCACAUGGAGAAUUUUGCAAUUUUAUAUUAACCUUGCGUCAUUCACACAUACCUGUCAGAAAGCCUUCUGGCGGAUAACCCAACUCCCAUAAAGAGAGGCAACCAGAGAGGGAAUUAUAGAGCCACUGGAGAGAGAUUAUGGAAAAAGUGCAGAAUUCAGCUGGUGGAUCUCGUUGCGAUGCGGGUUGGAGCACAUCCAGCACACCACCUUCUGCCAGAGUCAGUCAUGCACUGAGAUUUGGAGUUGUGGCCCUUAUCGCUGGUGCAGCGUUCAUGUUGUGUGCAUCUGUGGCUUCCCUCUACAUGUGGAAAGUCAGUGAUAAAAAUGUUUAUAAUGUUAGUUACAGCCUGAACAUCAACGGGGAGGUGAGGGAGGGCUCCGUGGAAAUUGAUUCUGACAACAAUCUGCAGAGAUUUCAAACUGGGAGCGGAGCUGGGGAGGCAGUGGAGAUUCAUGACUUUCAAAUUGGAAUAACCGGGAUUCGCUUCUUCGGCGGAGACAAGUGCUAUAUAAAAUCCCAUAUCAAAGCAAACCUCCCGCUCAUGGGAGCACACAACAAAGACUUGCUGAUGUUUGACCUGACAGAUGAACCGAUGCCUGUGAGGUUCGAUGAGGAGCACCUUGUAUGGGUUGCAGAAAAGCAGCCGCUGAAGAACACCACUUUUUUGGGCAACAGAAUACUGGACCUUUGUGGGAAACUUCCCAUUUUCUGGCUCCAACCCACAUCUCCUAAAGGUUUCUUCCACAUUUCCCACAGUCUGCUUAAGGAUGUAGUCGGCCCCAAGCAGGAUUUCACUUAUGGGGAGAGGAAAAGGAGCGGCGUGCGACGAGCCAAACGGCAGUUAGACAUGAAGGAGAUCAAGACGUCCGCCGAGGAGAGGGACCCGAUUAGUCGCAGUGAGCAGGAAGCAGUGGAUGAAGGGCAGUCAGCUGUGGGGUCAGGGUACAAUCCUGAAAACCCCUACCAUCGCAGCGGAGAGACCGGAGAGGAGAGCGCCAUGACCUUUGAUAGCAUGCUGGACCACCGGGGAUUCUGCUGCUCAGAAUGCCAGCGCAGCUACACGCACUGUCAACGAGUGUGCGAGCCCCUGCGUGGCUACUGGCCUUGGCCCUACAACUACAGAGGGUGUCAGGUGGCCUGUCGAGUCAUCAUGCCUUGUCGCUGGUGGGUGGCACGCAUUUUGGGUGUUGUGUAGCCUUUUCAUUUAGAAGGAGAUGUGCCCUCUUUUCCAUCGCCAAAGGUCUUAAAUCUUGCUACUACUGCCUUGAUGAGCAACUUAAUAGCGCAUACCGUGGUAAGAGAUUUCAGUAAAUCUUAGAAAAUGUCAUAUUUCUAGGCAUACUUUUCCUCUUUAUGUACUGUGAAAUUGGAAUGCAUACUAGAUGCAACCACAGAAUGACAAAUAAGCACAGCAUCUUGCUACAGCUUUAGUGCACCGUACUGUGUUUGGUAGAAGGUUUUGGGACCAAAUCCAGAACGCUGCACAUAUCAUGCACCUUUUUUUUUUUCUGACUGAGCAGGCUUUCAAUAAAUUCUAAUUACAGUA